AUGGACCCCGCCGGUUCCCCGCGGGCUGCCGGGAGCCCCGCGGCGGCGCCGGAGCCGGAGCCGCCGGCCAUGGACGCGGAGGAGGAGCCCGCAGCGCGGCCCAGCGGCCUGGAGCGGAGCGCGGGGAGCGGGCGGCCGGAGCUGCCGCCCUUCGCCUCCCCGCCCCCUGGCUGCGGCUCCAGGCAGGACCUGCCCGGCCCCGGGAGCCGGCGGGGACCCGUCCCGGGCCCUCCCGCGGUCCCUGGGAGCGGACGCGGCCUGGGCGGGGCCAUGGACGAGGAGGGAGCGAGCGCGGGGCCGCGGGGCCCCGGGAGCUGGGAACCGGGUGCUGGGAGCGCCCUCGCGGCCCCUGGCAGCAGCGACCCUGCGGGCAUGGAGCUGGACGAGGCUGCGGAGGACGAAGCCCCGGAGCUGCGAGCCCUGCUGGGGCAGCUCGAGAGCCUCGACCCCAGCCUCUGCGACCCCCCUUGCUCCGAGCAGGGCCCGGGCGCUGGCACCGCUUCUCCGGCGGGGAGCCGGGCCCGGCGGUGCCGGGGCCGGUGCCUGCCGUGCCCGCUGCACGUGGCCAUGGGCCGGGGCCUGGACACCCGGCGCUGCUGCGCCCAGCACUCGGCCUGCUCCCGGCCCUGCCACGGGCUGCUGUUCGCCGAGGCCGAGCGGGAGGACUUGCUGAGCCUCCUGUGCCACGAGGGGGGCCUGCCCGAGCCCGGCGCCGGGACCCCCUUGGCUUGCUCCAGUGUCCUGUGUGGGGCCAGCCUGGAAGCGCUGCGGGCUCAGGAGGAGCCGGCCGCUGCGGGGAGCCCGGAGGAAGGAGCCUGUGGCAGCGGGCGCUGUGCAGAGGAGCUGAGCGAGCUCGGCUCCAGCAGUGAGAGCCCCCGGGACUGCUCCCCAGAGCCAGCCUGGGUCUCCUUGUCACCCGCCCCGGAGAAGGAGCAGGCGCCGCCGGGCGCUGUCACCAGCAGGGAACCUCCAUCCUCCCACCCGGCCUUCAAAGAGGUUCCAGGCCCCUGUGAGCCGGAGGAUCUGCUGGAUGGUGUGAUUUUUGGAGCCAAGUACCUGGGCUCCACGCAACUGAUCUCUGAGCGGAAUCCCCCGACCAGUGUCCGCAUGGCACAGGCCCAGGAGGCAGUGGACCGGAUCAAGGCCCCGGAGGGGGAGUCGCAGCCCAUGACAGAGGUGGAGUUGUUUGUCUCCACGCAGAGGAUCAAGGUGCUCACCGCUGACACACAGGAGGCCAUGAUGGAUCACUCCCUGCAGACCAUCUCCUACAUCGCCGACAUCGGCUCCCUCGUGGUGCUCAUGGCACGGCGGAAGCUGCCACGGCAGGCGCCGGGUGCGGGGGAGAAGCGGCUCUACACCAUGAUCUGCCACGUCUUCCACUCAGCCAACGCCCAGGUCAUUGCUCAGGCCAUUGGGCAGGCAUUCGGAGUCGCCUACCAGCGCUUCCUGGAGGCCAACAGCAUCGACCCGAGCGAGCUGAGCCCUCGCCAGUACAGCCAUACCCUGGAAGAGCAGGAGCAAUACAAUGCAGAGCUGAGCCACUUCUCCCAGCAGGAGAACUGCAAGGACGUCUGCAUCCGGAAGCAGAAGGGGGAAAUUCUAGGCAUUGCCAUCGUGGAGUCGGGAUGGGGCUCCAUCCUGCCCACGGUGGUCAUCGCCAACCUGAUGCAUGGGGGCCCUGCAGAGAGGUCGGGUGAGCUGAGCAUCGGGGACCGCCUCAUGUGCAUCAACGGGAUGAGCCUGGUGGGGCUGCCCCUCGCCACAUGCCAGAGCAUCAUCCGGGAGCUGAAGCACCAGACAGAGGUGACACUGAACAUUGUGCACUGUCCCCCUGUCACCACGGCUGUCAUCCGGCGCCCUGACUCCAAGUACCAGCUGGGCUUCUGUGUUGAGAACGGUGUGAUCUGCAGCCUGAUGCGCGGGGGCAUUGCAGAGAGAGGCGGCAUCCGCGUGGGGCACCGCAUCAUCGAGAUCAACGGACAGAGCGUGGUGGCAACACCACACGAGAGGAUCAUCCAGAUCCUCACGCAGGCUGUCAGCGAGGUCCACAUCAAGACGAUGCCAGCCUCCACGUACCGCCUGCUGACAGGGCAGGAGCAGCCCCUCUUCCUCUGAGCACCAGCCUGGCUGCUGCUGCACGUGCCUGGGGCUGCAUGGACUGGACAAGCUCUGCUUCCUGCCCCAGCACCCUCAGCAGAGCCUCAGGUCCCCGGCAGAGUCUAAUCCUGCACCUCCUCAGCUGUACUCAGGACACAGGGAGGUUCUGGGGGCCUGAGCAGUGUCAGUGCCGGUGGUGCCACAGUUUGGGCACCUCCUCCCCACCUCACAGUGCCUGUUCUGGCCAUUCACGGGGUCCCUCACCUUGGCCUGGUGCCGGCAGGAGAGGGGACGCCACAUGAAAGGUGUCACCCAUGUGCUCACUGCAGAUAGUACUUCUACACUCACCGAUGGUGCCUUUUGCCAUGUGGGGCUGGUGCUAGAAGCGCAACUGCAGGGCUCACCCACUUGUGGGUGCACACUGGCACCCCAAGGAAGACCCAGCAGCACCCUUGGCAUCCACUCCUUCCUGGUUUUGCCAAGAGCCUGGGGGGUACAGUCAGUUGCACUGAGCUGGGAAACUACCUCUGCCUUUGCCUGGUGGUGCCUGCAGCUGCUCUGAACUCGUGUCUGGGUUUCAGCUCUCGGUGUGAAGAAGGGGAACACAGGACACAGCACUGCCUAGGCCCACAUCCUGCUGGGAGCCCGGGAUCAUGAGCCCAAUGAUCAGCCCUGGUGCUGUGUUUUCACCCCACGGCUGAGGUGGUGCUGACCUGGCUGUGCCCAGGUUGGUGUUAAAAUAAACGUUGUAGGGAA